AUGACCCUAUCUCCAAGAUCGGUCUGCCGACGUACAGCAGAGAAGACGCGGACGAAAGAAACCAACGACGCCCUUCAAUCCUUCGCAUCCUGGUUCGACAUGCACGAGCUGUCCCUCUACCAGGCUUCCUACUCUGCGAUCUGUCAUACACGACCCGACGAUACCGUCAAUGGCUUUGACUUUGACGCACACUAUCUCUCCUUUCAGUUAGCUCACAGGGGUGACCAUGAUGGAGAUCCUGCGAAAUUGUUUCGUGUAGAGGCAGCAGAGAUACGGCCCAGGACAAGUUUGAAGUUCUACAUCAGGCCAGGGAUGCCAUAUAUUGGAGGCAACCAAAUAACUGAAGGCAUUGACAAAGAGUUCCAAUCAUUCCUUGAUGGGAUACCCGACCACAGGGCAAAAUGUCUCGCCAGCCUCUCCCCCUUACAACGUCAAUGUUUCGUCGGUGCCAUCCCUGUCUUCUAUCUUCUGCCUGCUGUCGAUACAGACUUGACACUCAUGGUAUCUCACCAUCUAACCGAUGAUCGCCAGCUUGUUGAGGCGUUGAGCAAAGGUCCAGAUGAAGGUGGGAGGGGCCACGGUCGAGGCAUGAUUUGUGGUUGGAGAAACUGA